UCCUACGGUUUCGCGACCUUCGACUUGCCUGGUGGAUAAACCCCAACAAAAGUCAAAUAUGACAAGAAUAUUAAUAGAACCGUCAAUUUUAUAAAAUAUAUUUUUCUGAUAUACACCCAACAAUCCAUAAAAUUAAAAAAAAAUGCAAGCACAGAAAGGAGGGGAAAAGGCAAAACAGUCCCUCAAUCAAGCUGCGAAAUUAUUAAAUCAAAACGGUUUUGCCAAACAACUGAUUACUGGGACUGCUUCAGGAUGGUUUACAGGAGCUGUUGUGAAGCAUGCUGGCAAAGGUAUUUCUCUUGUACUAGGAAGUGGCAUAAUUUUGCACCAAAUUGCUCACAAUCAAGGGAUCAUUAAACAAGAUCUUGAUACCUUGAAGGAAUUAGCUCAGAAAAAGGCCAGUGAAAUGAGCAAAAAUACUCCUGCUAUUCAAAAGAUGAGAGGGUUUGCAUCUAAAAACAAGGUCUUCACAGCUGGUUUUCUUGGUGGUUUCCUUAUUGGUGUCGCUUUAUAAACACUGUUUUAUUAAAUUAUUUACAUGAUAUACUCAUUUUAGUUUUUUUUUUUGUAGAGAAGAAUUAUUAAGUAAACGUGGUGAUAUAUGUUGAAAUGUUAA